CUAGUAUUAGUAGGUGGCAUAUCUGCACGUAUAUUUACAGAAUGAAGAUCAUAGGUUUUUGUUUUUUUUUUCGAAGUUCACUUUACAAGUGAUACUUACAGGAUUACUACAAAACACAAAUUUACUUUUGUCAAGUUUUAAAAAACAGCACGAUUACAGUCACCCCAGCUUGUUUUCUUUGCAGUUGUCCUGGAGAUAUAAGCAGUUAUUGAAUAAAUAUGUAAUAGAGGGCUUUUUUUUUUCUUUUUUUUUUGCUUUCUGUAAUAUGGCUGUGGUCAUAAUGGCCAGCAUGUUCUCCAGCCUAGCAACCCAUCAAGACGGAAUGACACCUGAAAUCCCAAACGAAGCUUGAUAUAUGUCCUUAAAGGGACAAGCGGGAUUGCCUCUGGCUUACACUGGCUUCAUCGCAUGAGGGAACCUUCAGAACUCUGGUUGCCAUAAUGAAUGAGAUGGUGUCAUUGUUGGUUCCAAAGUACAAAGAGGACCGGGGCACUGUGGGGCGAAAGCCAGCAGUAGUCCACGAUGCUGUACUGCGUAUAGCCCAGAAAAAAGCCAAAAGCCACAUCAGUGACGUUGUGCCGCCCCAGCAUGACCCUGGAGAAGCCCACGAUGAAAGCCCAUAGGACCACAAGCACCCUCAGCGGAAUGGCCAGCACCAAGUGGUUCAGGAUGAACCGCGACACCAGGGCGGCCCUGGUGGCAUGGCCCGAGGGGAAGGAGUACUUGUCCACCGAGAGGGUGACAAACAUGUCCAUCUGGUUGUGAGCCGGGCGGCGCCUGCGCACCAGCCCCUUGAGCAGGGCCACCAGCAGCAGGUCCAAGAGAAGGGCGAAGAGCAGGUUCAUGAGCACCUCGCGCCCGGCCCAGCUGUCGCUCCUGGCCAGGCAGUAGAGGGUCCCCAGGAGCCAAGGGAUGCCGUGUCCCGAGAUCUCCAGCAGCUUCAUAAGGGGCCGCACGCUACCCCAGGACGAGCUCUCCCCGGCGCACACCCCCAGCUUCUUGGACAGCCACAGAUUUCUUGCCCAGGGGUGUUCCUUCCUGACAAACAAGAUGUGUACCUGGGGGUGUACCUCCUAAAUCAGUACCUGGAGACGGCCUGCUUUCCCUCUGUGUUCCCUAUUAUGAUUCAGCAGAGCAUGAGGUUUGAAAAGGUAUUUGAAAAUGCAAUAGAUCCUGGGGCUGUAGCAGACAUUUUAGAAAGCUUCCUAACCAGGUUUGAAUUAAUACAGCUAGUACCUCCAGUGUGGGAGGAGUUGGCCUGCUAUGAAGAAAACACACGGGAUUUCCUUUUCCCUGAACCCAAGCUGACACCUUCACUCCCUGGGAUGUGCCGGGAGGUGCUCAUGAAGACGAUCGAGGGGUUUCCAGGCAUUGCUCCCAAAAUAGAGUUUUCUACAAGGACAGCCAUCAGAGAACGUGUGUUUCUGCAAAGAAACAGAUUUCCUCAAGAAAGAUAUAAUAACUCAGGAAGGCCUUUAUCUGCAACAGAUGGACCCAAACUCCCCUUAAAUAAUACGAAGAGGAAGCCAAAGGACACUAAUCUCAACAGAUUGCCCCAAAGCAUGCAAACCCGUGCACCCUCUCCCGUUUCCGCCCGACGCUGCUUUCACGACCAGCCUGCUCAGCUGAACCUUGGAAAUAACAUCAGGCUCUCCGGGGGAAGCAAACCUCCAUUUGUAGUGAGACACGUGGACAGUGCAAAGCCUUUUGGCGAGAAUAUUUCAGAGUAUCAGUCCCGAAAGUCGAGAAGAAAACUUCAGUUUUCAAACUUGCCUUUUCCGGGGAGAAGAGCUGCUUCUCUUGACAGCCUUGCCGCUAACGUAAAGGUUAUCAAAGAGCCCGAUGAACGGAUUGUUUUAAGGAAAGAAUCAUCGUCACCUUUCGAUUCAAGUAAGUUUGGAAAACCCUCGCCCAGCUACAGUAACCAAGGGGAUGCCGAUUUCCUCGGGGAAGCUUCAUUCACCACCUCCCAGCAUUCCAGAUCCGCCAGCCCUCCUCGGGAUGAGCCCCUUCUCUGCGACGAAAGGUUCCACCCUUGCUCUCAGUCCUCCUGGAGGAAGAUCCACGAAAGGGUAUGCAGUCUCCUGACAUCCCACAGAGCUCAGCAAAACCUGCACAAGGAAUAUUCUGUCUCUGGAGCAAAGUAUAUCAUUGAAAGACCAAGCUACCUGGUGAAGGGAUACCCAGUGCAUGAACAGAGAUAUUUUUAAGCUGCUGUCUUUUCACGUGCAGCGCCUGCACCUUCCAGCUGCACAAGCGACCCUGAAGCAGAGCAGGAGGAGCGUCGGGGACAACUCACUCAGGGAGCCAACGGACUUGUCCUUAGAGAAAGGAACAACAGCUUUUGUUACGAAUCACCCGUGUCUCACCCCUUCCAAAUCAAGCCCUGUACGCAGUCAUUUGUGCCCAGGUGAGAGCCACUGAUUAAAGCGUUUCCUGUGUGGGGCUCCUA